UGGAGAGUACGUCAUUUCUGUGUGCACAGGAAGCGGUGACGUCUGCAUCACGUGACCGGCGGAGAGGAGGGAACAUGGCGGAGUAUCUGGCGUCCAUUUUCGGCACGGAGAAAGACAAGGUUAACUGCUCCUUCUACUUCAAGAUCGGAGCUUGUCGCCAUGGAGACCGGUGUUCUCGACUCCACAACAAGCCAACGUUCAGCCAGACCAUCUUGAUGCCAAACCUGUAUCGCAACCCUCAGAACAGUGCACAGACAGCAGAUGGGUCACACUUGAGCAACAUCAGUGAUGUGGAGAUGCAGGAGCAUUAUGACAACUUCUUUGAGGAGGUGUUUACAGAACUGGAGGAGAAGUAUGGAGAGAUUGAAGAGAUGAAUGUCUGUGAUAACCUGGGAGACCAUCUGGUGGGGAACGUUUAUGUCAAGUUUCGCUAUGAGGAGGAUGCAGAAAAGGCUGUGAAGGAUCUGAACAACCGCUGGUUCAACGGACAGCCGAUCCACGCAGAGCUGUCUCCCGUCACCGACUUCAGGGAAGCCUGCUGUCGGCAGUACGAGAUGGGAGAAUGCACUCGUGGAGGAUUUUGCAACUUCAUGCAUUUGAAGCCGAUCUCGCGAGAGCUGAGGAGAGAGCUGUACGGCCGCCGCCGCCGCAGACGGAGGUCUCGGUCCAGGGAUCGUUCUCGGUCCCCACCAACCAGAGGCUCCCGCAGGUCAAGGUCACACGAGCGUGGCGGCGGGUCGCGGAGGUCAAGGUCGCGCGAGCGGGGCGGGAGGGGCAAGGCCGGCGGCGGCGGGGGAUCCCGGUCACGGUCCAGAUCCCGGUCCAGGGAGAGAUCUGGGCGGUUUUAACGGACAGGGACGGAGCUUCUGCUGUCUUUACAUGUCAAGUUUCUAACAUACAGGGGUGCUAACUGCAACAGGGGAGACAGACGCUAGAUACCAGUCAGUGUACAAAAUACUUUUUGAACCAGGUUGCCCAGUGGGCAACCUACGGCAAGAAUUAGGUUACCCAUCAGAAUUUUAGGUUGCCCCAC